GCGAUCAUUACCCCUCUCUCUCCCGCUCCCGCCCAAGGUUAUAUAUAUAACCGUCAUCCAAAUCAUUCUGCCUUUUAUGUUUUCUCCCUGCCUCAACAUUAUCUCUAUAUCUCUCUCUUCUACACUAUUCUACACUACAAGUAGCUACAAUUACACAGUUCAUCUAAAUGAGCUCAUUCUCAGAUACGUAUGCAUUGAAGGCAGUGACUGAUUUACCUGCUCCUUUUCGCUCUACCUUUAACUUCAGGUAUUUCAACUCAUUGCAGAGUGAAUGCUUUCCCACAUGCUUUCUUUCCGAUAUAAAUAUGGUUAUUUCUGCACCAACUGGAAGUGGAAAAACAGUGCUUUUUGAGUUAUGCAUUUUGAGGCUUCUUUCAAAGUUCAUUUCAACUGAUGGGAAAUUUGUCCAUUUAAAGGGGACCCUUAAAACUAUAUACAUAGCGCCAUCAAAAGCUUUGGUGCAAGAGAAGCUACGAGAUUGGACCCAGAAGUUAGGAUUGUUGGGGAUAAGUUGCCUGGAGCUGACAGGGGAUAAUGAGUACUACAAUAUUAAGAAUAUACAGGAUGCUGACAUCAUACUUACGACUCCGGAGAAAUUUGAUGCAGUGACUCGGUAUCGCAUAAAGGAUGGGGGCUUGAGCUUUUUCAGUGAUAUAGCACUUGUGCUUAUUGAUGAAGUUCAUUUGUUGAAUGAUCCUCGUGGAGCAGCAUUAGAAGCAAUAGUCAGCAGAAUUAAGAUGCUUUCUUGCAAGCCUGAAAUGAAAUCUAGUCCUUUAUUUCAUGUCCGUUACAUUGCUGUUUCUGCCACAAUCCCCAAUAUCAAUGACCUGGCGGAGUGGCUUAUGGUUCCAAUUCAGGGAAUUAAAAGGUUUGGAGAAGAAAUGAGACCUGUAAAGUUGACAACCAAAGUUUUUGGCUACACACCAGCAAAAAAUGAUUUUCUGUUUGAAAAGCGCCUUCAGAACUACAUUUUUGACAUUCUCAUGCAAUAUUCUAGAGGAAAAUCUGCCUUAAUUUUCUGCUCAACCAGAAAAGGAGCACAAGAAGCAGCGCAGCACAUCUCUCAUAUAGCAAUGAGUUUUGGCCAUUCAAAUCCUUUCAUCAAAAGCAGAGAGCAACUGGAAAGGUUAAGUGAAGCGUCAUUAUCAUGUGGUGACAAACAAAUGCAAUCUUACAUACGUUUUGGAGUUGGAUACCAUAAUGGUGGACUUUCUUUAAAGGAUCGCAAUCUUGUUGAAGGUCUUUUCCUGAAUGGUGAUCUUCAAAUUUUGUGCACCACAAAUACUCUUGCUCAUGGAAUUAACCUACCAGCACAUACUGUAGUCAUCAAGUCAACCCAGCACUUCAACAAGGAGAAAGGGAUAUACCUGGAAUAUGAUCGAUCCAUGGUUUUGCAAAUGUGUGGAAGGGCAGGCCGUCCUCCGUUUGAUGAUACAGGAAUCGUCAUAAUCAUGACCAGAAAAGCAACUGUCCAUUUGUACGAGAAUCUAUUAAAUGGGUGCGAGAUGGUGGAAUCACAAUUGCUUCCAUGUAUUACGGAGCAUCUAACUGCAGAGAUAGUUCAAUUAACUGUGUCAGAUAUAACAAGGGCAAUUGAAUGGAUGAAAUGCUCAUAUUUGUACGUGAGAAUGAAAAAGAAUCCUGAGAAUUAUGCAAUUAAGAAGGCGCUGCCUGGCCACCAAAUAGAGAAACAUUUGCAAGAGAUUUGCGUUCAGAAGGUUAACGAAUUAUCACGGUUUCAAACGGUCUGGACUGAUGAAGAUGGUUUUUUGCUGAAGCCACUUGAACCUGGAAGAUUGAUGACAAAGUACUAUCUGAAGUUUGAUACAUUGAAACACAUUAUACAGUCCCCUGCAAACUGCAGUAUAGAAGAUGCACUUCAUGUUAUAUGUCGGGCAGAAGAAAUCUCCUGGAUACAACUGAGGCGUAAUGAAAAGAAACUCCUAAAUGACAUAAACAAUGACAAAGAUGGUCGGCUUCGCUUUCAUGUACUUGGAGAGAAAGGAAAAAGGAAAAAAAGCAUUCAAACCAGAGAAGAGAAAAUAUUUGUUUUGGCGAAUGACUGCUUGACAGGGGAUCCUUUGGUUCAUGACUUGUCAAUGAACCAGGACAUGAAUUCUAUUUGCUCAAAUGGGUGUAGAAUUGCAAAGUGCCUGAAAGAGUAUUUUACAUUUAAGAAAAUCUAUAAAGGAGCUUUGAGUUCAUCAAUUCUAGCCAAAUGUUUACAUCAGAAGCUAUGGGAUGACAGUCCAUACUUACUGAAACAAUUACCAGGCAUUGGAAUGGUGACUGCAAAGGCACUGCAAUCAAUGGGAGUAAAAUCAUUUGAUACCCUCUUUGAAGCUGAUCCAAGGAAGAUAGAGUUGCUCACUGGCCGAAAAUAUCCAUUUGGGAACCAUAUUAAGGAGUCAUUGCUAUCGCUACCCCCAAAAGUUGAGAUGAAGGUUGAGGAAACUGGGGGUCACCAAAGGCAAGGGAAGUCCAAGCUGGUGAUAACAUUAACUAGAUUAUCACAGCCUAUGCAAUCAACUAAACACCAUUUUGCUAAUAUGAUGGUUGGUAUUGAAGAAGAUAACCUCAUUCUGUUUCAUGAGAAAAUAAGAGUGGAGUUGUUCUCAAGCCCUUACAGCACAACAGUGACAUUUCCAAUCCCUCAGCAAGGAAAGCUCACACUUAAAGCGGAUUUGAUCUUUGAAGAACAUAUAGGUAUCGAUAUCCAUCAAAAAGUUAUUGUCACUGCACAGACAGACGUGGAUGCCACCGGUACAUAUAUUCCAAAGGAAGUGCCCUCCUGCAAGUCCAAGGAUGUGUAUAUCAUAAAAGAUAACAAUGACAAUUUCCCUCAUGCUCCAACAAAAGAGCCUUGCAACUCAAUUGAAUUCUCAGAGAAAUCAAAUUUCAUGCCCAGCUUCAAACUUCUAGAUGAAGAUUCGGAAGAUGAUAUCCCUGUUGUUGAAAUUGAAGAUAGUGAUUGCAAAACUAUGACUGAAAGAACAGUAUUUGACCACCUUCGUGAAAAGUCAAAGAACUUACCCACUCUGCCCAUUUCAAACGACACAUGUUCUCCUUCGUUAGAGACCUUUACUCUCAUCAGAAAACGCACUCGUGAGAAGCAUCUUGAACUUGAUAGUGGCACUGAGUUUCAGGAUGAAAAAGAGGGCAGUAAAAUUCCUCGUGGCAAUGUGAUUAUUCCAUAUCCUGAACUUACAGAAGUAGAGCAAACCCGACAAUUUUUGGACAAAGAUUCAUCUCCAGAUGGCCAUAACAGCUCUAUUGCCUCUUACCUCAUGAGUGAUACAGGCAAACUCCAUGCUGAUGUUUGGGCUAGAGAAAACAAGCUCACAACUGAAACUCAGUAUGUUGAAUCUGAAAAUCUGACUGACGGAAAUAUAUUUGAGUAUAUAAGGAAAAAACAAAGGAACUUCCCGGAAUUUAAUAAUUUGAAGCCCGUUGAUUCUAAUCUAGUCACCCUGGAUUGUGAAUCUUGGAACGAGAAUGGGUCUGAACGUGGUAGUUCUUAUCUUUACGGACGCGGGCAUGCAAAUCCAAAUCAGUUGGUACAAAAUGUUGGGAUCAUAGAUGGAGAAACCAAUGAUACAAGUAGGAACACAAUUUUUAAAGAAAGAGACGCGAAUUCAAAAGAUUAUUUUACUGGUUUGGAGCUAAAAACUACUCAAGAGCCAUCUCAUAGUACGAUAUUGGGAAGCUCUGCAGAAAGUAUUGCGAAGAAACUAUCUUCUCCAAGCUUAUUGAAAGGACAGAUUUGUUCACUGGCAAUAGAAGGGGAAAUCAAGAAAGAGAAUUCAUUCCUUGGGUUUCAGAGCGUUUUUUCAUUUCUUUGAUUUCUUUAUUUUGGCUUUGUGAUGUAUUUCAAAUGGUAUUGUGAACUCACGCAUGUAUUGGUUUCUUCCAAGUUCCUAUGCUGUUUUCUGUCUCCAUAAUUUGUUAGGUAUAUUAAACAUAAUAUUGUGCACUCGCACAUACUGA